AUGGGAGGCGUCGACAUGAGCCGCGACUACUACGCGGACCUGGAGAUCCCAGCGAAUGCCGAUGUCAACGAGAUCAAGAAGCAAUUCCGGAAACUUGCUCUCAAGUACCAUCCCGAUCGCAACCCGGGUAGGGAAGCCGAGGUCAACUCCAAGUUCCAGAUGAUCCAAUCAGCCCACGAAGUCCUAACCGAUCCCGACCAAAGAGCCAAGUACGAUGCUGGGAGGACGCGAUCAAGAUACCCUACUGCGUCCGGAGUGAAAGGGAACCCGUGGCAGAAUGCUGGCUCAAAUUUCCCGCCCCCGCCCCGUCGUAAUGCAACAGCUCGCAACCCACCCUCCUCCUCUGGUGCUAAUAGAUAUCGCAACUUUGCCUCAGGUGCUGCUCCCACUGCCAAGGCCCAGCAACAGAGUGACUCGGAGGCGAAACGGAAUGCCUGGCAUGCCUUUGAAAAUAUGAAGGGCAAAGCUAGCCAGUCUCAGUCGAAAGCCAAGAAUGAACCUCCUGAGCCGCCCAAGCGACCUGUGCCGCGGACACCCUCCCAAAGACAAAGGGCGGAAGCAGCAUUCGGAGCACGCAAAGGUGGUUAUGUACCUCACUCACCUGCUCCUGGGGACGAGCCUCCAGUGGCUGCCUCCAACUACUCUACAACCAAUCGGCAUUCUAAUAUCUUUGCCGACAAUGCUCGCCGACAAGGCGUACCGGACCCCUUGGCUCAAUUUCGCGAAGGGUUCACAGACACGCGACAGAGUACACCUUACUCUUCCCAUGGCGGUGAAAAAACUAAUCCUUUCGACGGAGUGCCUAUAGGACGCGCGAAGAGCACUCGGGAAAGUCCUCGGCCGCCCCAGGAAAGCUAUGGCCCCCACCUCUCCCCAGGAAGCGCUCGUCAGCGUGCGCAGAGCGUUCCACGCCAGGCAAAGACGGAGCCUUCAAGCCCUCGGACGUCCACGACACCAUAUGAUGACCGGCCAAAUACAGCCAGUGCCACUGCCGCCGAAUCGCCCAAAGAUCCAUUCAGAUCCAAGGCUAGUGCAAGAUACACGCCUCCGAAUGUGGCCGCUGGUUUCGCUCAGGGCAGUGGUCAUCCCAAACCAGCAACUUCAACCGAUGGUUCGUCUAGAACUCAAACGCCUCCCGAGAUCACGCUGACCUUAGUGCCAGAAGACGGAAAUACUAAGACCGCAGGAACACCCAAAGGAUCUUCAAUGUACGACAACUUUCAUUCCUCGUCGUCUUUUUUUGCUUCAUUUCUUAAGCCCAGAUUUAAUUACGGCAAAAACCCUUCACCUGUGAUUUGGGAGGAGCCGAUGCAGCAGGGUCAGAAACUGGACCCGACGAAAGACUCGUCUUUCAAUUUCCCCAUUGAUGACGAGACAUUCACACGUACCGAGCCGCGGCAACCAUCAUUCAGUCGAAGGAGUACGGACGAUAUUAAUACUAGGUUUGUUAACAACGACGGUUCUGGGGCCUAUCAAUUUAGUGCCGGAAGCCCUGUCCAAGACUCGAGUGGCAGGUCUCAGUCUGGAAGCCGCGUAGGCCGUCGAUCACCGAUCAAGCGCCCGACCCUACGACACCAAAACGACUUUGCUGGCCAAACUGCAGAAUCGCCCUCAGCUGAAGGUAAAUUUGAUGCACAGGAUUGGACGACCCAGAUUGGGGCACAGAACUUUGUUCCUCAGUCAAAUCAGCCUAUGUCCACGUCUCCGACUCGCGCGACUCGAUCGAACUCCCGUAAGGCGAAGGUUAAAUCAACCGCAGGCAGUGCAGGCCUUGUGAAUGACGACUAUGAUAGCGACGAGGAAGGAGAUUGGCGAGGUCGCAAGACCGCCGCCGAGCCAGUUGAUGCAAAGAGUCCGAACGCCAUGGAUAUUGAUCCUCCACACACUGGAGCUGCACCCACCGCCGCUGCUCAAUCGAACAGUGCAAGAAACAUCCCGGUGGAGCCAUCUCGUCCGGAGUGGAGGCCUGGCAAUGUGAAUGGUGUGAAGGAAACUGCUGCCAGACCUACUGUUCCGAAGCCGGAGUUCAACCCUAAUGCUGCAGGUUCCGAGGACAGCGAAGAGUUUAGAGCGAGCUUUGCUGAGCUUAAGAAUGUUGCGCCAUUCUCACAGAGUCCUUCUGGCCUAGGCUCUUUGGGCGACCUCAAGAUGAACCUGCCAUUUGAGAGUCAACCAUCAAGCAGAAUCCCCAUCGAGAAAGAGAAGAGCAAACCAGUACUCGAAUUUCCGGUAGUCCCCAUGGCACCUCGUCCUCCGCCCACCUUUGCGGUACCAAACCUGAAGCCUACCGGUGGCGCCUGGCAAAAGUAUAUCCAAGACUUCCAAAGCUAUGUUUUGAGAUGGGAGAUCUUCAACGCCCAGGUAAUCGAGCACUUUAACGCUCGUAAAACGAACAUUGCCGAUCUCCGAGCUCGUAAGGGAUACGCCUUUCUAGCCUCUCGUGGCAACGACGAACUUCAAGAGUAUCUUGACUGGAUGCAACAGGACAAGGAGGUACGGAGGAAAUGGACUAUGGCGUGCGAGGAACACGAGACACGCAUUCGAGAGUUCAUGGUGUACAAGGGCAAGAUGGCGUAG